CCGUGGCAGCAUCCACUCACUCUUUUACUACUGCCUGCGAUGUGACUCCACGCCGCUCGCUGGAAUAUCUCCCUUCGUGACAAGUGACGGAUUUUACGCGCACGCCACGCCGUCCGGUUUUCCAAAAUCAAGGGGACACCGCGGCAGCGGCCAAUGCCUUUUACCAUGACUGUGGGAUUAAUAACGACUUUGUGUGCUGUAACGGCUGUUUUCGCGAUGGAAGAAACCUUAAUGGACACCCGGACCGCCACAGCAGAGCUCGGGUGGACGGCGUACCCUUCGUCAGGGUGGGAGGAAGUAAGCGGCUAUGACGAAAACCUCAACACCAUCCGAACGUACCAGGUGUGCAACGUCUUCGAGUCCAACCAGAACAACUGGCUGCUCACCACCUUCAUCGCUCGGCGUGGUGCUCAGCGCAUCUACGUUGAGAUGCGUUUCACCGUCCGAGACUGCAGCAGCAUCCCGCGAGUGCCUGGGUCCUGUAAGGAGACCUUUAACCUGUACUACUACGAGACGGACUCCGUCAUCGCCACCAAGGGCACGGCGUUCUGGAUGGAGGCUCCGUAUUUGAAGGUGGACACCAUUGCGGCGGACGAGAGCUUCUCACAGGUGGAUUUUGGUGGUAGAUUGAUGAAAGUGAACACUGAGGUGAGGAGCUUCGGUCCACUGUCGAAAAAUGGUUUUUAUCUGGCGUUUCAGGACUAUGGUGCCUGUAUGUCCCUGCUGUCUGUGCGUGUGUUUUUUAAGAAGUGCCCCAGCGUGGUGCAGAACUUUGCAAUCUUUCCGGAGACCAUGACCGGGGCAGAGAGCACCUCGCUGGUUAUCGCUCGCGGGAUGUGCAUCCCAAACUCUGAGGAAGUGGACGUACCUAUUAAAUUGUACUGUAAUGGUGAUGGGGACUGGAUGGUUCCAAUUGGGAGCUGCACCUGCAAGGCGGGAUUCGAGCCGGAUAAUGGGAACGUCUGUCGAGCUUGUCCUCCAGGAACGUUCAAGUCCAGUCAAGGGACGGGUUUGUGUCUUCAGUGUCCGUCUAAUAGUAGGUCCACGUCUGAAGCAGCCACCAUCUGCGUCUGCAGGAACGGCUACUACAGAGCAGACGGAGAGCAGCCAGACAUGCCCUGCACCAGUGUUCCCUCUGGGCCAAGAAAUGUCAUCUCAAUCGUGAACGAGACCUCUGUGACUCUGGAAUGGCACUCCCCGCGUGAGACAGGGGGUCGCGAGGACGUCAUGUACAAUAUUGUUUGUAAGAAAUGCCAAGCUGACCGCCGAUCCUGCUCCCAUUGCGAUGAUAAUGUGGAAUUUCAGCCCCGGCAGCUGGGACUGACUGAAUCCAGAGUCUUCAUCAGUAACCUUCUGGCACACACUCUCUACACGUUUGAGAUCCAGGCGGUCAACGGCGUCACCAACAAGAGCCCGUAUCCUGCUCAGCAUGUCUCCAUAGACAUCACGACCAACCAGGCUGCCCCGUCCAUUGUUCCCAUAAUGCAUCAGGUCAGUUCUACGAUGAAAAGCAUCACGUUGUCAUGGCCACAGCCUGAACAGCCCAAUGGAAUUAUUCUCGAUUAUGAGCUGCGCUACUAUGAGAAGGAGCUGUCUGAGGUAAACUCCACGCAGGUGAGGAGUCAGACUAACACGGCUCGUGUGGACGGAUUACGGCCAGGCACCAUGUAUGUGAUGCAGGUCCGCGCCAGGACUGUUGCUGGUUUCGGCAAAUACAGCAGCAAAAUGUGCUUCCAAACCCUCACAGAUGACGACUAUAAAUCAGAGCUGAGGGAGCAGUUGCCUCUGAUUGCGGGCUCAGCCGCGGCUGGAGUGGUCUUCAUCGUGUCUCUGGUGGCCAUAUCUAUAGUCUGUAGCAGGAAACGAGCUUACAAUAAGGAGGCCGUGUACAGUGACAAACUCCAGCACUACAGCACUGGCAGAGAACUCACUUUGAGGCCAGAUCUGUCCAACUGCCACACGCCCAUGGGCUGCCCGACCCUGCCAGGCUCUCCGGGGAUGAAGAUCUACAUCGACCCCUUCACCUACGAAGAUCCUAAUGAAGCCGUCAGGGAAUUCGCCAAGGAGAUAGACGUCUCCACCGUUAAGAUUGAAGAAGUUAUUGGGGCAGGUGAGUUCGGGGAAGUAUAUAAAGGUCGACUGAAACUGCCUGGAAAACGAGAGAUCUACGUUGCCAUCAAAACACUGAAGGCAGGUUAUUCUGAGAAGCAGAGACGCGACUUCCUGUCUGAGGCAUCAAUCAUGGGGCAGUUUGACCACCCCAACAUCAUUCGCCUUGAAGGUGUGGUCACCAAAAGCCGGCCAGUCAUGAUCGUCACAGAGUUCAUGGAGAACGGGGCGCUCGACUCUUUCCUUAGGCAAAACGACGGGCAGUUUACGGUGAUCCAGCUGGUGGGGAUGUUGAGGGGAAUUGCCGCAGGGAUGAAGUACCUGUCGGAGAUGAAUUACGUCCACCGAGACCUGGCUGCCCGUAACAUCCUGGUGAACAGCAACCUCGUGUGCAAGGUGUCAGACUUCGGCCUGUCCCGUUAUCUGCAGGAAGACACCUCUGACCCCACCUACACCAGCUCACUGGGUGGAAAGAUCCCUGUGAGAUGGACCUCGCCAGAAGCGAUCGCAUACAGGAAGUUUACUUCUGCUAGUGACGUCUGGAGUUACGGUAUCGUCAUGUGGGAGGUGAUGUCUUUUGGCGAGAGGCCCUACUGGGACAUGAGCAACCAAGAUGUGAUCAACGCCAUAGAGCAGGAUUACAGGCUGCCGCCCCCCAUGGACUGUCCCACUGCUCUCCACCAGCUGAUGCUCGACUGUUGGCAGAAAGAUCGGAACGCUCGGCCGCGCUUCACGGAUAUCGUCAAUACGCUCGACAAACUCAUCCGCAACCCCACUAGCCUUAAAGCAGUCGCUAAUAUACCUACUAUUCCGUCCCAGCCGUUGUUGGACAGGUCUAUCCCAGACUUCACCACCUUUAGUUCUGUAGAGGAGUGGCUGGCUGCCGUCAAGAUGUCUCAGUACAGAGACAACUUCCUCAACUCUGGCUUCACAUCCCUACAGCUGGUCACCCAGAUGACUUCAGAGGACCUGUUGAGGAUAGGUGUGACUCUAGCCGGCCAUCAGAAGAAAAUCCUUAACAGCAUUCAGUCCAUGCACAUGCAGAUGUCUCAGUGCCAGACGGGCACUGCGCUGGCAUGACUACAGGGGGCGCCAGACGAUGGGCUGGGCAGCUUGCGGAAGAAUUACCAGCGGGCGAGCCCAAUCCCAUCGGAGCGCGCCAGAAUAGAGACUAUCAUCCUGAUCUGAGAACGUGUAUCAGGAGAGGAACCAUUAUCCCAUAUCCAACAGACCAGAUCAGAACAGGACCGGACCCACUGGGACUGACAGGACGUCUGUUAACCCGUCGGCUGUUUGUCUCUUUGGGCUACAUUUACAGGGAAAACCGAAGAUGCGGACUCUUUUUGUCCUCUUCUUGUCAUUGUAAUUCCACUUUAGUUAUCUUCACGAUGCUUAUCAAGAAGUCACAGUGACUAUUCCGAGUUUUCGUUUUCUACAAGGUUGUUUCGUUCUUCUUUUUUUUCCACUAUAAACCUUCUUUCGUCACUGCUUCCCACUUACAUUACCUGUCGAUUACGGUAUGGCUGACGUUGCCAAAGGACAUCCUGUAUGCCUGCGGCCCAUCCCCUGGCCAUAUGAGCGUAAAUGAUGUAUAUCUUUAAAUAAACACAAGUAUAUCUUCAGAGUAAACCUUCAUAUUGAAGGUGAAGUGUAACGGACCUCUAUGUAAAUACACUCUUCUUCCGCUUGCAUUUUUGGCAAUGUUGCGCAUUGGAACAGAACCGCCGAUUCUGCAGGACACGAACUCGCUCACGUCAGCGUGACGCCACGAGAACAAUCUGGGAUGAACUCUGACUCUGUCGAUGUUGUGUAAAUAUCAGUUAGUUGUGUAUAAACUAGCGUUAAAAAGAGAUACUUUAGGUGAAAAAAGCUACGCAUUCAGGCCACUAAACAGUGUUUAUUGUAGGUGUUUCCACGCUGAUGAGCACUUACGUGUACAGCUUUUCUUUCUUCCACCUCUUCUUCUUCUACUUCUUCUAGUCGUUCUUGUUAGUUUUGUGUCAGAGUGUUUGAAUGCGUCGACUAGCGUUGGGAGGGUGUGUCGUCACCGCCUAAACUAGCUAGUACACUUAAAUGUAGUUUCACUGUUAAUAAGCUGUACUAAUGUUGGUCUUACAGGGUCUUUAAAACCGCUAAUCUGUUUCCAAGCACGUGUUUACAUGUUAGGCAAAUGAAAAGGUUGCAGGCAGGAAACGAAAACACUCGAAAAAAAAACGCUGCCCUUCACCACUUUUAUCAGGCCGAGUCACUCUCUCGGCUCCAGAUGUUUCCCGAUGACAUUGCUAAAUGCGGUACAUGUUCUUUCGUGUCACCAGCUCUCCAUUUAUUUGUGUGUGUGUCUGGAUUGAACAUCUGUGUGACCCUUUAUGAACAGAUGCCUAACGCCACCCCAUUGAGCACAUUCUACUUAAGCAGUCAAUGAAGCACUGGGUAACACACAUAAACACAUACACACACACACACACACACACACACACACAUAGCCUGUUGUCGGCUUUGGGCUGUUCUUUUUUUUUUUUUCUUUGGUUGCCAUUGAGAAAUAGCAUCAGCUGAUUGAUUAAUAAUAAUAAUUAAUUAUUAAAAAUUAUUAUUUCUAUUAUUAUAGGUAACUAUACAAUAAGGUCCAAGUUUACAUUAGUUAAUGCAUUAGGUAUGUAUGAACAAUCAACAGUACUUUUUAAAGCAUUUUUUAAUCUAGUGUAAUGUUCAUUUCUAGUGCUGUCAGACGAUUAAUCGCAUCCAAAAUAAAAGUUUGUGUUUACAUAAUAUAUGUGUGUGUACUUUGUAUUUUUAUUACAUAUAUAUAAAUACACAUACAUACAUGUAUAUAUUUAAAAAAUAUUUACAUGUAUAUAUAUUUAUAUAAAUACAAAUAUUUUAUAUAUAAAUAUAUGUUUGUUAAAUAUCUACAUUUAUGUAUGUGUAUUUAUAUAUACAUAUUAAAAAUACACAGUACAGACCUAUUUUGUAAACCCAAACUUUUAUUUUGGAUGCGAUUAGUCGCGAUUAAUCGUCUGACAGCACUAAAAAAAUACUACAUUUUAACAUUUUAACUUGAAUUUCAAUUUAACUUCAUUUUAAUUUCAAGUUGUAUAAAUGAAUACGAACAAUGAAUAAACAUGAAUUAUCAAUGAACAUUUAUAAAUUAACCUAGAGUAAAAAUGCUGAUCAUUGUUCAUGGUACUUACUGCAUGAACUAAUGUUAAUGAAUUGAACCUUUUUUUAAAGUGUUACAAAUAUGAUUAAUAUUUUAUUUGUAUAGCACCUUUCAUACUUAAGAUGUAGCUAAAUGUGCUUCACAAUUCAGAAUGAAAUAACAUUUUAAUAAGAUAAAAUAGCAAGACAUGAAAAAACAAGCAACCAUAAUAGUAAUAAAAAGCAAAAAAUUGCAAUUUAAAUGUUACAAAUAUAUAUAUAUAUAUAUAUACACAUAUAUAUCUUCACCAGGGUUUUAACAAAUGAUUGGGAGCUUGUCUAAUCAUUUUGUGCUGCAAAUAUUGUCUUAUAAAUGAAUAAAUAUAAAUGCAAUUGGUAAAAAGUUCCAGAUUUUGCGGUCAUAAUAGCUAAAAGCACCUCCACAUGCUCUCAUUAGGUUUAGCAUUAAAGGACCCCAAAGUGCAAUUUGAAACAGUAGGGUUUGUAAAAGUUAGCAGCUCUACCAUUCAUUCUCCUGUUGUGAAGCGUCUGUGUGUAAUGAAUAAGCCGCUACAUUGCCUGUAAGUUAAUCGGACUCAUGGUUUAUGGUUAUUCUCUAUGAGCAACACACACACACAAUCCAUCACGCAGAUAUACCCAAGGUGUUGCACCUAAUUGGCUACAAUGAAUUUCACCAUGGCAACCAAAGAGUGUAUUGGCUCUUUGUUAAGGAUGACACACUUUUACAGCUUCUGCCAAGAGGCUUAUUCUUUUGUGCGAAAACACACACACACACACUUUCUUUCAUUGUAUUACAUUGAAGAAAGCGAAUCUGCUCCUUAAUAUGAUGGUAGUAAGUGAUAAUGUUUGGCUCUUAUAAAACCGUUAGCACAAGAUGAAGACGUCUUCCUCUCUGCCUCUGCGUAAAGGACCGGAGGCAGCUCAAUUAAUGAUCACAAAGUAUCCUCGGCAUGGCCCGCGUCCAGCUCGUUCGCGGCGGGGCGUAACCAAGCUGUCCGGCGUCCCGCCGUAUGGCCCAGCUGAAAAAUGGCUGACUUGCGCUCAUCGGGGUAGGUGGAGCCUGCUGGGAUACCUGCGGGUACAGCUCACAGGCUGAGGAGAGUGAUGAAUGAGCUGGAGUAAGUCAGAGAAUAAAAGAGAAAACGAGAGCAAAAGACGGUAGAGAGUCUAGGAUGGGGAACGAAAUUAGAUGAAAUGGGGAAUGAACAACUAAGAAAGACGACAAAGGAAGUGACAGACCAUAGAGAUUAGAGUAUUAAGUCAGCAUGAAAUUAAAAUUGACCCUAUUUUCUUUCUAACUACAUGUUCCUUUUAACUUCUCUCCUCCAACCACCUGAUUUAUUCUCAAUUCUUUUCAGAAACCAAUUGUGCUGGUUUAAAUUAAGUCCUAUCAUCAUUUUUGAAAAUCCUGUUUCACUUAUAAAUACUGCAUAUUGAAGCUCAUUGGGUUGCAAAUGGUAUUUCAUGUUGACUUUAAGGUGUGUCUUUUUGAGGGAAGGCUUAUAGAAUAACAGUGGUUUACAAAUAUUAUGGGUUUUUAAAUGGGAGGUGCCAAUAUCCGUUGUAACUUAAGGCCUGUUAAGCUUUGAAAAAACCCUAAAUAUUGGCGGUUCCCCCUUAUACACUACCGUUCAAAAGUUUGGGUUUUUUACAAUUUAACAAAAACAAAUCUUUCAAAUAAAUGCUGUUCUUUUGAACUUUCUAUUCAUCAAAGAUCCUAAAAAAACAAAUAUAGCAGUUUCUACCAAAAUAUUAAGCAGCACAACUGUUUCCAACAUUGAUAAUAAUAUGAAAUGUAAGUGAUGUAAAAUGCUGAAUAGCAAAUCAGCAUAUUGGCAAUUGAAACAUUAAAAAAAACUGACCUCAAACUUUUGUCCAGUGAAAAACUUUAGAUUUUGGAACUGCCGCAGAGGUGAUCUGCCAUUUCUGUUAGUUGGUCAAGUGUCCAUGAUGCCAACGUUACAGAUAUCACAAAAUGGUCAAAUAAUUGGUGUGGUCAAUAUAUCAAUCUAUCACUAUAUAAUAAUAUGCUGUGAAACACAUGGCAGCCCUUCAUCAUAACAUAUCGCAUAUGUCUGCAUGAUUUUCCUAAGUAAGACAUGAUCCUGGGUCAACAUAAUUUGCUGAUCCUGAAACAACAUUCCUGUCCAAAAAUUUAGUCCUAACCCAAUCCAUACCCCUAAACCUAAAGCCUGAUUUAUACUUGUUGCGUCCGCAAGUUUGCAAAAAAAUAAAGUGCGCAAUGAGUGCGCAGGAACCCAUUUCACGUGGCGAUGUGCAUGGCAUUUUUUGCGCGUGGCACUGCAUACGAAGAUUCACGACUUCGAGACGAUUCUGGCCAAGCAGGUACAUCUGUACCAACAUCUUACCAGGACCCAGUUUGCGCUUGUCCAAAUUAAUUGCAUACAUUUACAAAAUUAGGUUACAAUUGCAGAAAUAAGCCUUUUUUUAAUGACAAUAAAGGUCCAUGUUUAAUAAAAAUGUUCAUGAAUUAAAUAAAAAUGUUUAAUGAAAUUAGAAAAUAUUUAAGAGAUUGUUUAAUUUAGCUUUAUACAUAUGUUCUCAUAUCCAUAUAUUUUGUUCUAAUGUCACAAGUAAUAAUCUCAAGGUUUUCACAUGAUUCUUUGGUUCUUUUGUAGUGUUAGUUUGGUGAAAUGUAUAUGUCACGCGCGUACUUACUACUUCUCACCACUGCUUCCUGAUUGUUUAGAGAACAAUUACUCUGUCGCCCCCUGUAGUUUCAAAGAAUAAUACAACAGUGAACGCAUCAAGUAUAAACGCCUCAUCCAUUUGAGGAGGACCGUGCGCAGUCAGCAGAGGCUGAAAGUAAGGCUAAAGUAUAAAUCAGGCUUGACCCUACCCAUAACUUAUCCCUAAAAUCAGAGGGAAAUGGUGAAUAACACUGAUGUAAAAGCACCUAACCCUGGUUGUAAGCCUAAACUUGACAUAAACUGUAAACUUGCCUCUCAAAUCUGAUUGGUUGAUUGGAAUGUUGUUCCAGAAUCAACAAAGUUGUUGUUCCAGGAACAUGUUGUACUUUGGUGAAAUCACGUUCACCUAUCGCACAUGUAGAACCAAUACAGAUGUAAUAUAUGAUUUAUAUUUGAAUAUGUAUGCUAUUGUUUGUAAUGCGAAUGUGUCCUUUUGUCAUGUCCCUCUUUUUUUUUUUUUUUUUUUUUUAACUCUCAUUUUGCACAUGUUCAAAAACUCAAAAUCGAGGGUGAUCUUCAUCUCUUGCAAGGGUAUCCUCCUCUUCCUCCUCCUUUCGGAGGGUUGAGGGAACAGGCAGGGAGUGAGAGGAUGAACGGAAAUGAUUUGAGUCUAAUUUUAUCGCUCUUUGCCUGGAGUGUCGACACAAUGUGGAGUCUGGUGCGCGUUUGGCAGCGGAUCAGCGGCGAUGCUGUUACCGUGCCAACUGAAGUCUGAGCGGUGCAUGUGUUCACCAACACGGCUCAGACUUCACAAGCGCAAACAAAAAGCAAGUUUGGAACAAACAAAAGCGUCGUCUGACACCGCCGGUAGGAACGGGCUUGUUUUUUCUUUGUAUUCUCUUUUUUUUUUUUUUUUUUUUUUGCGUGCUUCAAACAACACUUUCAUGUUAAAGUGAUGGAGCAUUACUUUUGGCAACCGAGAAUAAAAGCCAGAGUGUCAAAGGGUUUGAGAGACUGUUGAUAUUACUAGCAUGGCAUGGAUACUAGCUCGCACUGUUUUGUAGAUACGGAACGAAGGAAAGCCCUCCCACCUCACCAAGACUGUAUAGUUAACACUCGUUUCUUGUGAUGAGUAUGUCAGAGUUUGAAACUGUAACUUUCUGAGAACUAUUGUACUGAAACGCACUCAAUAAAGACCUUGGAAAAGCUGAA